CAAAAGACAAAUGAAAGAUUUUUAUUAUGAAAAAAGAUUGUAUUUUGGGGCCUAGUAAAGCGCCUCCCAUUGUGCCAAUGAGCAACAAAAAAUCCGAAACCCUAGCCUCCUCGGAAAAACAAACUUGAGCCUGUAGAUUUCUGCACCCGUUGGCCUCAUCUUCACCAUUAAAAUACUCAUCAAUUAAUAGUAGUAUCAAAAAAUUUCUUCCAAUUUGCAUAAAUAUUGGACCAUACAUACAAAGUGCUAAAACAAAUUGGCCCAAAUCACCACUCUUACAUAAAACCCUCCCACUCCACCCAUUUCACCACACCCUAUCUCUCUCUCUCUCUCUAGAAACCUCUCUCAACUCAACAAGUAAGGUAUGGCCGGAAGCGGAGUGGUGACCGUGUACGGCAACGGCGCCAUCGCGGAGACGACGAAGCAAUCCCCCUUCUCCGUGAAGGUGGGGCUUGCCCAGAUGCUCCGCGGCGGCGUCAUCAUGGACGUGGUGACCCCGGAGCAAGCCCGCAUCGCGGAGGAGGCCGGCGCGUGCGCCGUCAUGGCCCUGGAGCGCGUGCCGGCGGACAUCCGGGCCCAGGGCGGCGUGGCCCGCAUGUCGGACCCGCAGCUGAUCAAGGAGAUCAAGCAGACGGUGACGAUUCCGGUGAUGGCCAAGGCCCGCAUCGGCCACUUCGCGGAGGCGCAGAUCCUGGAGGCCAUCGGCAUCGACUACGUGGACGAGUCGGAGGUGCUCACGGUGGCCGACGAGGACAACCACAUCAACAAGCACAACUUCCGCAUCCCCUUCGUGUGCGGCUGCCGCAACCUGGGGGAGGCCCUGCGGCGCGUGAGGGAGGGCGCCGCCAUGAUCCGCACCAAGGGGGAGGCGGGGACCGGGAACGUGGUGGAGGCCGUGCGCCACGUGCGGUCCGUGAUGGGGGACAUCCGCGUGCUCCGCAACAUGGACGACGACGAGGUGUUCGCCUUCGCCAAGAAGAUCCAGGCGCCCUACGACCUCGUGAUGCAGACCAAGCAGCUCGGCCGCCUCCCCGUCGUCCACUUCGCCGCCGGGGGGGUCGCCACCCCCGCCGACGCCGCGCUCAUGAUGCAGCUCGGCUGCGACGGCGUCUUCGUCGGCUCCGGGGUCUUCAAGAGCGGGGACCCGGCGCGGCGGGCCAGGGCCAUCGUGCAGGCGGUCACGCACUACAGCGACCCGGAGGUGCUGGCGGAGGUCAGCUGCGGCCUCGGGGAGGCCAUGGUCGGGAUCAACCUCAACGAUGAGAAGGUCGAGAGGUAUGCCAACCGCUCCGAGUGAGGCGCGCGCCUCGGCUCGGCUCGGCUCCUUUGAUUAUUAUGUCAUCACAUAAUUAAUUACUCCAUGUUUGAUUGGGAAUUCUAGUGAAUCUUUGAUUUUGCCCUUUA